GACCGUCACAAGGAAAAAGUCCCUGGGACGGCAUGAGGAAGAAACCUUGAAGGGAACCGGACUCAAAAGGAAAUCCAUCCUCAUCUGGGUGACCCUGGAUAGUGAGAUUAUACAAUAAUACAGGAUACAGGUGUAGACAAGUAAAGACAAACAGUACUAAGUGUGUUGAAAGGGUAGUCAGUAUGAGCAGAUUGUGAAUGAGUCUUGGGAUGAGCACAGGACUGUUUUUUAUGAUUACAGCAGCAGUUCAUACAAACCUACAGCAUCCAGGUCAGAUUAUCCACUUAAGCAAGGGUUAGACUAUUAACUUAAGAUGUUUUUGGGAAGUAUAACCCGUAGUAAUAAAGGGUUCAGGUUCAUGGUUUUAUGAAAAACCAGUGUAGCAGAGGAACAAAAGGGCUAGGCUAUACUCUGAAAAAGGUAAAAUGUCAGGCCAUGGGCAAAAAAGCAUAAACUAGACACUAAACAUGUAGUAAACAUGAAGCGGUUAUGACAAAGGUUUGGAACCAGCACAGACAAAGCACUGGCAUAUGGUUUAUUUUUCAUGUGAUUACAUAUUACUCACAUAAUCACGUGAAGUUACAUAGAUACAGUGUUGAUGAAUGUACAUCUGGGCCUCCCAACAUGCCCUGGGAGAUUAAGAGGUCAAGGAUUAUGAAGACUUUAAAAGGGCAACCAUAAAAACACAAAUCACUCUCUGAAUCCCUCUGUAUCACCACUCAGCUGUGUGUUAAUUGCUAAUUGUUGACUCGGUUAUCUCUAAUUCUUGGACCCAGGAGAAGGAGAUUUGGAGCACCUCUUGGAACACUUUAGUCCAUGUUUUUUUCUUGUCAUCUCUUAGGACUUUGUGGGUAUUAGAAAUAGCUACAGAAACUUUGUGCAGCCAGAGGAAGGCAGAGCUGUAAAGCUUCACCAUAUUCCAUGACUGCUGUAGUCCUUUCUCCCUGCCUCACCCUGCUGGCAUUAUUAUUAUGGAUAGUGUGUGAGGAUGUGGUGGGGACAUCUCAGGAGGCGAAGUGUGUGUACCUGGACCACGCGCAGCAUCUUGAUACUGUGGGUCUCUCUCAAGAUGGAGAUGUCGUCAUUGGCGCACUCAUCAAUUUCUAUGUGCUGCCACCGACCAUUGACUUGAGCUUCACCAAAGAACCAUACUUGGAGUCCUGCUCUGAAUUUCAGGAAAGUCCUGUGCAGUGGGCUCAGGCGGUUGUCUUUGCUGUGGAGGAGAUUAACAGAAAUCCUUCUUUGCUCCCGGGGGUUCGACUGGGCUACCGUAUCAUGGAUACUUGCACACGCUACCCUCAUAGCCUGAGAGCAGUCAUGUCCAUGAUCAGUGGAGGGAACGGCACCUGUGAGACCACCCGACCUGCCAAACUUAUCAUUGGAGACUCUGCUUCCACACAGUGUAUUAUUCUGUCCAGAGUUCUGAGCCCACUUCGUGUACCAAUGAUCAGCUACCUGGCUACGUGUGUGUGUCUCAGCAACAGACGAGAGUAUCCCAAUUUCUUUCGCACCAUCCCCAGUGACAUGUAUCAGGCUCGCACGAUGGCCCAGAUGGCCAAACGUUUUGGAUGGACCUGGGUUGGUGCUGUAGUGGCAGACAAUGACUAUGGACUCCAGGCAGUGCAGGCAUUUCAGGAAGAGACAAAAGGUACUGGCAUCUGCCUAGCAUUUGUCAGCACUCUUCUCCGUGAGAGAUUGGCAAAAGAUGUGGAUCGUGCUGUGAAAAUGGUGCAGAGCUCAUCUGCUCAUGUGAUCAUGGUAUUUGCAUGGUAUAUGGAUGUGGAGGUGUUCCUCACUGAGCUGGUUCGCAGAAAUGUGACAGACCGUCAGUUCCUGGCCAGUGAGAUUUGGAGUACCAGUAGCCAUCUCUUGAGCAACCCUGCGCUCUACACCAUUACUCAAGGCACACUGGGAGUGGCUAUUAGGAGUGCACCCAUUCCUGGAUUUGAGAAACACCUACGAGAGCUCCAUCCAUCCCGGUAUCCUCACGACACAAUCCUGAGAGUGUUAUGGGAAAGGACGUUUGGCUGCAGCCCAGUGCACAACAAAACCUCUCAGAGUGGCUUACCGCCAUGCAGUGGGAAGGAGAGUCUAGAGGGGGUACAGAAUGGCGCAACAGAUGUCUCCAACUUAAGAGCCACUUAUAACGUGUAUCUGGCUGUUUAUGCAGCUGCAUAUGCACUCCACUCUCUGCUGGCCUGCACUGCACCUAACAGUUCUGACCCCAGAGUGACCCCAGGCUGCUCAUCUCCAGACAUCAUCACUACACAACAGCUCUUAGAGCACCUUAAGCUGCUCAAUUUCACAACUCAGCUGGGAGAGAAGUUUUAUUUUCAAGAUGGGGAGAUUCCAGCUGUCUAUGACUUAGUGAAUUGGCAGAGAGGUCCUGGAGGAGCCUUGCAAUAUGUCCUCAUUGGCCGGCUGGAGGGUUCUAACCUCAUCAUUAAGGAAUCUGCCAUCAGAUGGCCAGGAAACUUAAAUAAGGUGCCUGUCUCUGUGUGCACUGCUGAAUGCCCCCAAGGUACACGCAAAGCCAUAAAGAAGGGCCUGCCAGUUUGCUGCUUUGACUGCCUGCCCUGUGCUGAAGGCGAAUUCAGCAAUGUGACAGGCUCACCAGAAUGUUAUCGUUGCCCCCCAGAAUUCUGGUCCAACAGUCUCAGGACUGCAUGUGUACCACGUGAGGUUGAGUACCUCUCCUUCAGUGAGACAAUGGGCAUCGCCUUGAUGGCUGUUGCUGUGUGUGGUGCCAUGACGACAGCAGCUGUAGGUGGGGUUUUUGUGUACUACAGGCAGACUCCUAUCGUCAAGGCCAACAACUCAGAGCUGAGCUUCCUGCUCUUGCUGUCACUCAAACUCUGCUUCCUGUGUUCACUGGUGUUUGUGGGUCAGCCCUCAUUAUGGUCAUGCAGGCUACAGCAAGCAGCUUUCGGGAUCAGUUUUGUUCUCUGCAUCUCGUGCAUUCUGGUCAAAACCAUUGUGGUUCUGGUUGCAUUUCGUUCAGCUAGACCUGGGUCUGCAGCCCUUAUGAAGUGGUUUGGACCAGGCCAACAAAGAGGAAGUGUUCUGUUCUUUACCUGUAUUCAGGUGUUUAUCUGUGGUGUAUGGUUGUCCCUUAGUCCCCCCUUUCCUCACCGCAACUUAAGCAUUCAAGGAUCAAAGAUCAUCUUAGAGUGCAUGGUGGGGUCAGUGACAGGCUUUUCCCUGGUUUUGGGCUACAUUGGACUGUUAGCUGCCAUUUGCUUCCUUCUGGCCUUCUUUGUCCGGAAGCUUCCAGACAAUUUUAAUGAGGCCAAAUUUAUCACUUUCAGCAUGUUGAUCUUCUGUGCUGUGUGGAUUACCUUUGUUCCAGCAUACGUCAGCUCUCCGGGAAAGUACAGUGUUGCUGUAGAGAUAUUUGCCAUCCUAGCUUCCAGUUUUGGUCUCCUGAUCUGUAUAUUUGCCCCAAAAUGUUACAUUAUUUUACUCAGACCAGAAAAGAACACCAAGAAAUUUCUCAUGGGGAAAAUACAAUAG